UUGUGCUUACAUUGUUCGAUUGCGCGCCGUAAACGUCGGUAACGAUGCGAGGAACGUUUUACAGACACUGGUAUGUGUUGUUCCCCGAUACAAGUGUCUAUCAGCUCCGAAUGCACGAGAAGUGUUUUACGUGGGCCUACGAGUGAUUCGGCAUCAUCUUCCUGGGCCAAGAAUUCUACGCAGUGCAGCCAUGAACACUACAAUAAGCACUGUCAGUAGCGGUGGUGACAAACAUCUACCGGAAACGACUGUACAGACCGUGGCACAAAACUUAACUACAAUGCAACAAAAUGUACAGAGUGUACAGAAUAUGCAGAGCAUGGUACAGAGUAAUAUACCGAGCAUUCAACCAACCCAAACUAUUGUUGGAUCCAUGACACCCAGCGGUCUAGUAGGCAAAUCGGUAUCUCUGGACAUGAAUCCAAAAUUAUCUUUAAUGAAACCUGUGGUACCUUCUGGUGCUACCUCGUCUACAGAAACGAGUAAAAUAACAACGUUAUGUUCUAUAGGAUCUACAGUAAAAAUAAUAUCACCAGGAAUGUUAAGUACUGUGGAAAGGCAAAUUCCACCUCAAACACAAUUACCACAUCCAGUAACUAUACCAGCUACGUACCAUGUACCGCGUGGACCUGCUGCAGUUGCUAAUAUCUCUGCACCUAGAUCAACAGUUGCCACUCCUAUCGUCAGGACAAAUAUAGGACAAAUUGUGCCUGCUACUAGACCAGGUAGUAAUACACCCAUCUCUAAUCCUCAAUGGCAACCUAAAACAACAUCUGUUGCAUUAUAUGCACAACCGCAAAGACAUCCCACUCCUUCCGUCAGCAGAGUUUCCAGGCCAUCGUCCACUGUAUAUACGGGACAACAGCCACGCUUAAUUACGCCAGCCAGUCAAGCAAGAUCUGUUCAAGCUACCAUGGUUGCUGGUAGUUCGUCCAGAUUAAUAGCACCCGUCUUGCAAACUAAUCUUACUAGACAUCCAGUUGCACAAAACAGACCGCCAACACCGCAAGUAGUAACUGUGUCACAGACCUCGCAACCCAUCAGAUCGUCGACACAAACCAUUCAACCUACUCAGUCUAGCAGACCUCUAACUACGACUGGUACGACGAAACGUAUAGCUGCAUCACCCAUUGUAGAGACAGUCAACAGAAUAAGCAGUACAGCUUCAGUUACUGUCGGUGCGGUGGAACCAACAGUAGGACGACAAUUGUCAAUUAGUGGUAAUACGGUGGCUGGACCAUCGACCGUUAGUCAUAUCGUUAUCCCUUCACAACAGGUUCAACCACAGCAAGGUGCACCGCGUGUUGUUCAAACCGUCACAUCUCUGUCGAACCUUAGUACUGUAUCACAAGUAAUUACAACAACCGCAAAUACACAGUCAAAUGCAAUGCGCAUACUGCAAACAGUUCCAACCACAGUUGCGAAAAUCGCAGGAAUGUCCUUACAUCCUUUGCCCAUUGCUCUACCGGUCAGGGCUGCGUCGGCGCCGAUCAAGGCUGCUCCUACACAGUCCCAAAAUAUUGGACAAACUGUCCAAGUAAAACCGGCACCACAAGCUAAUUUACGCAUGUCAUCCACCAACAGCAGUACAAUCACAAGUUCCACUCAGCCGGUCCAGGGACAAUAUAUACAUCCACCACAUACUACUACGUAUCUUUCUUUUGAGACUACAGGAACGUAUUCGCAGUUUCGACAAGCUUCAGUGCAACCAGUGAGAUUAGUUGUUGAGCCAGGAUAUGAAGAACCCCAUGGUAAACCUAAUGCAUCUCCCCGACCGAGCAUUUUGAGAAAGAGAGAUCAUGACAAUUCACCAGUUAAAGGUGCAGCUAAAAAUUUAGUUCCCGUAUUAGCAUCUUUGCCAUCAAGUAGAUCAAUGUCCAGUCCGCCAUGUUCACCGAAGGGCGCCGGUCUCGACGAGGAACUUGAACAAUCCAGAAUUACUAUUAAUCCCACUAUAGAAAUGUCGCCGAGAAAAAAACCACGCAAACAGCAACUUACAGGCGUAGAAUUAACUGAACCUAAAUUUACGGAGGAAGAGAUGCAAUUUCUCACUGAGGAAAAAUUGAAGAAGGAGAAUAAAGAGGAAUCAAAAGAGAAGUUGUCCGACAAAAGGCAACUCUCCAAUGUACAAAGUGAUAUUAAAUCAUCUACUCAACAAACAGAACUCACAAUAGCACGAUCACGGCCUGUACCAAGUUUAUUAGGCUCUUCUUGGAAAAACAAAUGGACAGUUAGAUUACAGCAUUAUAGAAGACCUAGCGAUGUCCGACCUCGUGAGGAAAGAAGACCAACAGUUGCUGAACUGGCGCAACAGAAAUACGUAUUACAGAGAUUAAAUGGAUGGAAAAUCUAUCACCUCACUACACAAAUGGAAGAUAUCGCAUCCCUUGAAAAACAGGUUCAUGAAAAAUUAAAAACGACACUCACGCUACUGGAAUCACAGCAAACCGUUAAAAGUAAACAUAGUGAUGGUCUCGAACGCGUAAAUGAACUGAUUAAAGGGAAUAUGCAGCGCAGUAAUUUAAUCAGUGAGGGCAUGAACGAAGCACGUACACAACUAGUUGCUAUAUUUCAACAUAAAGGCCCUAUUACUGAUCUUUUGCAACGCUGUGGUAACAAACGAGCACAGAAAAAGAGGGAUAAAUGAGCAGUGCUGAAUAAAUACGUAGAAUCUUUAUAAACGAACUUUGUUGAAGGGAAGUUCAAAAGGGAACUAUUUUUAUCUGUGUCACAGAUUCUAUAUAUAGGAAUAAAUAAAUGGUUUUAUAAG